AUGUCUCUGUCGCGCCCCGCGUGGCCUGCUGGGCCCGCCUGGCCUGUCUCCUCAGAACCGCCUCCCGAGGACACCGCUGCGGCGUCCCCCAGCAGCAAGCGGCGUCGUCUGAAGGAGCCUGACGGCGUCUCUGAGGCGGAAUGGCCGCUGCUUGUGGUGCCUCGCUUGUCUGAGGUAGAAAAAGUCUGGGAGUGGUCGCUCAGACCAUUCACAGCGUUCCUCAUUCCAAAGAUCCUGUGGAGCUCAGGCGGUGGGAGGCAGCGGUGUGACCUGGGAUGCCAGGACAGAACAUUCCAGACGCAGAGCUGCUGGCAGUCUGGAAUCUCGGGAAGAGCAGGUUGUUCGAGGGCUCCGAGAAGGUCUCGUGAAGCAGGCCUGCAGGACAGGGAGGCUCAGGGUGUGCACCUUGGUGACCAAGCAGAGGCAAGCCAUGCCCCACCCAAUACCCCCAUGCCCUAUGUCCAAGGAGUCAAACAGGAGCCUGAAGAACUUCCUGAGAAGGAAACUAUUCUGAAAGAAAAGAAUUCUGCGAGACAGCCAGGAGACCCAUUUCUAGAUGUAACAUUUUCUGAGGAAACUAAGUCAGCAUUACAUGAAAUUAAGCACAGAUGUAAAGUUGACAGUGUUAUAACCUCAGAGAAAAAAGAAAACGUUUCAUCAUCUACACUAAAAAUAUCAAAAUUUCAAAACCAGGCCUGCUUGGAAAGUGCCAAACCCAGCUAUUUUAGAGAUAGCAUCACAAAAAAUUUCCCUGAGUUUCCAAGGGAUUUAAAUAGCAACAUGUCCUUUGUCUAUUUAAAGGAAAUAGCAAAGAAAAAGAAUGACAAAAUUGUGGCAUAUGUUAGGGAUUUCACAAACAUUUUCUGGUCCCAAAAUAGACCUGAUGUUAAGAAACAAAAGUUACAGGAGAAUAAAGAAAAUAUAUAUGUGGAAAAUGAUUUUUCUUACUAUACUGAAAGUAACUACCAGUCAUUCACCAUUGAAAGGAAAAUAGACUUGAUCAAUUCAAACAACUAUCGACCCAGUAGUAUUGAGUGUAAUGUAAGAGACUCUAGAAAGAAUUUUACUCUAACACUAGAAGAUGCAAAUUGGGAGGGAACAGAAAGAAAUCAAGACUUUUAUAUAUCUACCAGACAAGAAAAGACUCAAAGCUCAGACUAUAACAGUUCUAUUUUGAAGGGAAAAAAGCAAAAUUGUUGGAGAAUGAAAAAAAUUAGAAUUAUUUGUGAGACAAAUAUCAUUCAGAAAACUAAUAUAGUUUCUUUCCUUGGUAACUUUGAUUCUUUCAUUAUAAAUGGAGAUGAUGGGGGAUCAAAAGAGGGGUGCAUUUUCAAAUAUAUAGUGAAUUUGAAUUAUUUGAAAAAUAUAAAGAAAAGACAUGUUGUAUAUCUAACAAAGAUGUUAACUACUUCAAGACUGUUAGAACAUAGUACAAAAUCUACACCAAAGAAAAGGAAGCUAUUUAAAAUGGAACAUGUUCUUGAAUGGGCUGAGAAACAAAACAUCAAUUCUCUUACUAUGACAGCUAAGAGUUUUCUAAUUUACAAAGUAUGCGAAAAUGUUCCUCUUUUAAUGGAUUUUGAUAACAUGGAAGAACUUUCUUUGACAAACAAACCUAGUUAUGAGAAUACAAGUUGUGUUGAACAACUCCUCAAUGUGGAAAAUUUGGCUUAUUAUAGUUUUGGUAUUGACAACACCCAUGUGAAGUCUGAUCCUCUAUUUAUACAGAAUAACCGUGGACAUAUUAAUAAAAAAUAUUUUGAAAGUAGUAUGUACAAUCAAGAUUUAGAUACUGAAAGAAAAUGGAAGAAUAAGACCACUUAUUUUAUUUUUAAGUUCAUAUUUGAAGAUGUCUUUAAUGUUAGACAACUGGGCACAUUGUUAUGCCAAAAUACAUCACACAGUGACCAGAUUAAUGCUAUGCCAAUAAGUCUGAAUCUCAGCUUGGACAACUUGUUAAGUGAAAUAGAAGAGAAAAUAUAUGAUUUUGUUUUGAAGAAAGAAAUGAAGGUCACGAAAUAUUCAAGUAGUUGCCAAGCUCACAGAGCUAUUGACACAGAGAAGGAAGAAGAUAGUUUUCCCCCAAUGGACAGAAUGUCUUCAGUGCAGUCAGCUUCACUAGUGAGUAAGAGCAUAAAUGUGGAAGAAACUAAAUCUGCUAAUCAAAAUAAUGGAACUAGCACAAAAGAGGAUGGAAGUAUUUUGCAAGAAAGUGAGUUAGCUAAUUCAAAGCAUUUUCAUCCAAAGAAUGAGCCUGCAUUGUAUGCUAAUCAUCAAUUUGAAAGUGAUUCAAGUGGGGAGAACAAUGAAUGUUUUCAGGGCUUAAAUGCUAAAUGUUUAUCAACAGAAACUUUGCCAGUAGCAAAAGAGUUUGAGAUGAAGAGCAAAUUUGAUUUAGUACUUGAAGAGCUUCGUAUGUUUCAUGAAAUUAGUAAGGCAAAUGAAAUUCCAAGUACCAUGGAAACAAACAAUAGGAAAGAAAAUUACUUUGGAGAAAGUAAUGAUAGUAAGGAGGCAAGAAUGGAAAUAGGAAAAAAGUUGGAAAUGGUUGAAACCAACACAAGAGAUACACCUUUUUUGCCCUGUGAUGUGAAAGCAGGCCUCAACAAACAUAAAAGGCAUCAAAGUUUAUUUCAUUGGAAAAUAAUACCUACUCAUGUGGGACAGGCAGUUCCCAAAGAGUGUUGUCCAAGAUCAGAGGAAGAAUUACUCCAUUCUAUUCCUGAGGAAGAUUAUAAGAAACCUUUAUCUAAAAGCCCUACUGUUUCUUCUGAUGAAUAUAACAAAGGAACUUUAUUGAAGGGAGGCAGUCAUUUUUCGAAUGGGAUUUCGAGAAUACAGCCUCUUAAGACAUGCAGCCGUCCGAUUAGGGUUGGCUUGUCAAGAAGAGCUAGGCUGAAACAGCUUCAUCCUUAUCUGAAGUGAAUGAGUUGUAAGGACUUACAAGAAGCUUCUGGACUUGAACAGUUCAGCAUGU